CCCCGAAGUAUGCCCUCGAUGCAAGUGUAACAUGUCAGUGUAAAUAUGAUGGAAGACUGGAUGCUGAUUCUGGGGAUGAGCGGAGGAAUUUUGGCAGCGUGCCUCAUCUUUGUGCUGCUGAUUUUUGUCACCUCAAUCUAUGACGAGGAGCGGCUGGCAUACCUCCGAAGCACACAACCCCUCUUCCUGGAUCGCCAGGCCUUUGAUUCCUUUGAUGAUGCCGUGCCUGUGUCGCCAGCAGCAAGACUGGAGACUUGCACCAUUUGCUUGGAUGAGAUUCAACAAGGCCAGCCUUGUCGUGAGCUGGGGUGCAAGCAUGCAUUCCAUGCAGACUGCUUGCAUGCUUGGUGGGAGCGCUGUGCCAGAUCCAAGUCGAGCUGCUCUUCCCACAUCAAUCAAGUGAUUUGCCCAAGCUGCCGACAAGUACAGGUCUUUGGAAGAUGUCACAAUGACAUGGACAUGUUGGAGACGAAUGCGUAGCUCACUAGCCCCAUAAUUGUUCACUCGCGGCAAGUGCCCAAGACUGAAACUGUACAAGAUGUGUAGUGUCCUUUGCGAUGUUGCAUUUUCUUUGUCUCAAGUUUUCAGCUCAGCCCUGCUGGGCAAUGCCAGCCAGCCCGUCCGCCUCCGUCAGGUCCCU